GACAAAAACCUCUACUUCUUCUCUGCUCCAGAAAAACCCUAAUCGUGUCUCUCGUCUCAAAAAAUAAAAACCAGCAAACAUCUCUGAGGGCUUCACAGAAAUCAAAGGACGAUGUAUCUUCAGUGCUAUAUCAACGAGAAGGGUGAGAAGGUUUACACCACUAAGAAGGAAUCACCGCUUGGGACAGCCACUGAAUCUGCACAUCCAGCUCGAUUCUCACCUGACGAUAAAUAUUCACAGCAGAGAGUUAUGUUGAAGAAGCGGUUUGGUCUCUUGCCGACACAAAAUGCACCUGUCAAGUACUGAAAGCUAAGCAUUUGGCACAUGUUGGUUUUCAUCUUCUUCUAUUUCUUUCUAUGUUGUCUCUUAAUGAAAGGUUGACUCGAACUGUCUUUGUACGUCUCCAAAUAGUUAGUUAAGAGAUUUUUACUAUAUCUUCGUGACCCUUAAAAGAAUGAAGAUAUCACUAGUGGUUUAUUCUCAAGAGUGCCCAAUUUGAUAAAAUCCAAUAUGUUCGAA